AUUAUUACCCUUCGACUGGUGUGAGCAUGCAGAGAAACGGCUGUGGAGAAGAGAAACUCUACUGUUGUUACUUUUCCUAGUAUAAUCAACAAUUUAAACGAUGGAAUCAGAUCAGAGAACGAUUAUGUCUAUUAACGUAGAAGAAUUCUUAGGAAUAGAUAAAACAUCGAUACCGCCGUGCUCAAUCUGUGGUGGUCCUUCGUCGGGAUAUCAUUACGGUGUGUUUACCUGCGAAGCUUGUAAGGUGUUCUUUAGGAGGAGUGCCAAAAAGCACCAUCUCUACAAAUGUAGUGGAAGAGAAAAUUGCAGUCCGGAUAAAAAUGCCAUAUUCGCUUGUCGCUUUUGCAGAUUUGCAAAGUGUUUAGACGUUGGUAUGUCGUUAAACUAUAUAAAACAUGGGCGUUACUCUCAAGAAAAGAAACUGUUAAAUAGUAAAAGAAUGGCGGAAAUAGACUUAAGGAAAAAGAGUAUGAUGAUGUAUUCAAUUUCUCCAUUAGCCAAUUUUACGGAAGCUGACGAAAUGUUAAUUGGAUGUUGCAACAUACUUUCGGAUAUUCAUAAUAUAAAUUGGGAAGAAGAUUUCCCGCAUUUAGAUUGCCUAAUUGAAUCUGCAAAACAAGGCGUUGAUAGUAUAUCGUAUCCAAUUGAGCAGUAUCACGACGUAUUCCGUCUAUCAGGAUUAGAAGUGGACGAUAGAAGAAAAUUCUCUGGAAAAAUUCAACAGAUAAUUGAAUAUAGUAUAAAAAGAUGGUCAACAAAUUUGAAAAGAAUACCUGGUUUUAACGAUUUAACUGAAGACGAAAUAUUCAAUCAUUUACGUUCAUAUAGCGAUAUUAUCUAUGUCACUGUUCUAGCAUUAAAGAUCCAUAAUUGGAACGAAGGAGAAUAUCUUACUUUAAAAAUUAGCGAUCACAAUAUUCUAAUACCUCAAAGAAAGAUGGAAUAUUUUCUCGAUGAAAGAGAUUUCAAUAUGAGAAAGAGAAUUUCCAAUCAACUCUCCAAAUUGAAUCCAACUUUUGAAGAAUUAACUCUUAUUGUUAUGCUUAACCUAUUAAAACCCAACGAAAACUAUCCGCAACUUCAAUAUCAAUAUAAUAAAAUGAUUCUAGGCUUUACCAGAUAUUUACAGAGUAUCCAUGGAAACAAUUCUACAGCUAGGAUGAAUGACAUUAUAAAUUUUCAAUCCUUUAUCACCAUGGAAACGUUCCAAGCUAACAAAUGGAGACCUAGCGUUAAAGAUUAUUAUCAAACAAUAUUCUUUAGUGAAAUUUUAAAAGAUUUUUGGUUUCAUCCUUCCGUCCUACAACAGGAAGUGACAUUUGAUACUAGUAGUAGUCUAACCGAAUUUGUGAAUGACAAUGUCCAACUUGAAUAUUUUAAUGAAAGUGUAUCAUUUGAUUAACAAUGUUUGUGAUAUAACUAAUAUAUCAGUAUCUUUAUAAUUUCCAGUUUUGCAGUAUUUACACUUAAACAGCAAUCAUUGAAAAAAUUAUUCCUGUAUUUAAUAUUGCAAAAAGUUGUUUUAUAAAACACUUUAAACAGCACUCUAAAUGUAUAUAAUGUGUAAAUACUAAAAUAUCGUUAUGAUUGUGACGACGAUGAUAAUGGUAAUGAUUCAUACAUCUUGAAUAUCAAUACUCGAUUUCAACAACUUACCGGAAGUUAAAAUGUAUUUGAUUUGAUUAUUAAAAAUUUCUAUUUCACUAAUGGAAAUAGAUUCAUCAGCAGUUAAAACAAUUUCAUUUAUUG